UCGCCCAGUCUCCAGAGCUGGUCCCGGAUGCCACUGCGGAUUGCCCAGUGCUCGGGUGCUCAGGCUAACUUCCAAGGUACCUUACCUUACCUCACUCACACUGCUUCGCUCCGUCACGCUCUUUUACUUUUGCCCUAGCUUGAUUGCCCAAUCGUCGGCUUGUUGGCUGAUGUCAAUGCUAUUAUUGUUGAACCCUUGCCCCCUGCUCUCAUUCACCUAUCCGUACGUACAUAUCGCUUUUCCCUCCACUCUCUUAUGGCUCACGCCUCAUGGUUCAUGUACCGAUCAACAAGUGCCAGCUAGCCAGCCCAGCCCAGCCCUGGUUGCGAUUUGGCUUGGGUCGGCUGAAGCGUUGACUGCAUGGUACGUGGUGCCAUCGCAGCCCUCUCUCUAGCCCUCCAGCCUCGCCGCUCUGUUCCUACUUUCACCCCCAUUCUCGCAAUCUUCAAAUAGGCUCUUUACGUAUCUGGGGGCGUUCAUUCGUCCAUUUGUUGCUCGCUCUCCCGCCCGCGGAUUAUACAUCUGCACGAAACCUCCUCUCUCUCUCCCACCCAAUGUACCGUGUAGCACGUCAGGCACUCAUCUAGGUACACGACCUGGAUACGGAUACACACAGCUCUCACUUUCGUGUAUACAUCCAGGCUGUAUGCAUCCGCUUUCCGUAACCUUCGUUUCCUCUCCCUUUCUCGGCUGGAGAUUCCAGUUCUGCCCCUGGUCAGCUCUUACCCUGCCUUUUCCCACCGUUUGCACCUCCAUCCUUCACCCCUUUGCUCUCCAGUCGGCCUAGCUACGGAGUACUCAUCCGUCUACUUCUAUCCUCCACCCCCUUCACCCUACCCCCCGGCUGGCCUUGCACAAGCCCUUGCCUCUGCGGCUUUGAAGCUCCCAAUCAUUUCCCUCUUCCACCCCGACGGGUCGGCACUCCACGCCAGCUCUGUGUGGCCUUGGACCCCGCCGGAGGCCGGGUAAGGGAGCCUGGCAAGCCACAUCCCAAUCAACUGUUCGCUCAAAGCUGCGGCCAUUUCCCGGUCUCCCUUCACAAGUAGCGCGUAUUCACCUUACCUACAAGCCGUGGAGCCAUGCCAUCUUGUCUCAAGUCCCGCAAGCCCAUAUUUCCCAGCUGCCUGUUCAUAAACCAUGAUUGUCGGCACCCAUGUACCGGUUGACCACGCGGGGGGUUCAACGACUAGCAUAUGUGUGUGUGUGCGCGUGCGUGUGUGUGUGUGUGUGUGUGUGUGUGUGUG